GGCGCGGAGCGGAGGAGCGGGCCCGGCAGCCGCGGGCAGAGCUGAGGGAACGGAGGGAGCGGCCAUGUCUCGCUACACGAGACCCCCCAACACCUCCCUGUUCGUCCGGAAUGUCGCGGACGCCACCAGGCCUGAGGACUUGCGUCGUGAGUUUGGUCGAUAUGGCCCUAUAGUAGACGUUUACAUUCCACUUGACUUCUACACCCGCCGCCCAAGAGGAUUUGCUUAUGUUCAAUUUGAAGAUGUUCGAGAUGCUGAAGAUGCUCUUUAUAAUCUCAAUAGAAAGUGGGUAUGUGGCCGUCAAAUUGAAAUACAGUUUGCACAAGGUGAUCGCAAAACACCAGGUCAAAUGAAAUCAAAAGAACGUCACCCUUGUUCUCCAAGCGAUCAUAGAAGAUCAAGAAGCCCCAGCCAGAGAAGAACUCGAAGUAGAAGUUCUUCAUGGGGGAGAAAUAGAAGACGGUCUGAUAGCCUUAAAGAGUCUCGGCACAGACGAUUUUCUUACAGCCAGUCUAAAUCUCGUUCCAAAUCACUACCAAGGCGGUCUACCUCAGCAAGGCAGUCAAGAACUCCAAGAAGGAAUUCUGGUUCUAGAGGACGGUCAAGGUCCAAGUCGCUACAAAAAAGGUCCAAGUCAAUAGGAAAAUCACAAUCAAAUUCACCUCAAAAGCAGACUAGCUCAGGAACAAAAUCAAGAUCACAUGGAAGACAUUCUGACUCCAUAGCAAGAUCCCCGUGUAAAUCUCCCAAAGGGUAUACCAAUUCUGAAACUAAAGCACAAACAGCAAAACAUUCUCAUUUUCGAUCACAUUCCAGAUCUCGGAGUUAUCGUCAUAAAAAUAGUUGGUGAAGAGCAACAGAAGAGUGCUACAUAGUCUUUAAUAUAAGUUAUUAAACCUCUCAUUAUGUUAAAUAAAAAUUCUUUGAGGCCUACAGAAAAUGUGAGUUGAUAUUAGUUACUUUGAGCAUGUGCAAGAAAUAAAAUAUCUCUAGCUUUGAAUAAAGAUUUUGUCUCAGUUUAAGGGUCCACCCCACAAAAUAUGAUGUGUCUAAUGUCACCAUUCUGUAGACCUUUUUUUUUUUUUACAUUGUGGCAGGAUACAUUUCAAAGGAAAUGGGUAAAUUGGAACUAAUUUAGAAAAUUCUAAAUAUUUGGAUAUUAAAUAUUAGUAAUAUGAAUAAUACCUGUACAAAAACAUUUUUUACUUUAAAGCACUUUACUUUCACAUGAAAAUUAAUUUUAACUGUGUAAUUGAAUAGUGUAGACUUGAAAUAUUUGAUACAUUUUGUCUCUUUUGUGUCUUCUGUUUAAACUAGGGCCAAUUCAUAGUUGAAUUUAUAUAGAAAUCAAACAUUGAAAAAUACAUUCUUUCCUGAACUCAAAAAGGUUUUAUUUUUAUUGGGUGGAACAGUAUAGAUAAGUUUACAUUAAAUUGCAUCCUAUACCAUGUACCAUCCUAUACCAUCCUAUACCACUUCAGAAAUAUCAAAAUGUUUCAGUAAUACUGAAUUUUGAAUGGUUUGAGAGUUCGUAAGAAAUUGUGUGAAGCAAGUACAAUUCAAAAAUAUUCAUAUUAAGCCUUACACAUUUGAACAGUGGUACAUUUUGUAUAAAAAUCAUUUUAUACCAUUAUUUCUACAUAUCUACUUUUCAUCUCCUUAAUUUUUUUCUGGAGCUCUAGCUCAAGACUUUAAAUAUAUAUAAUAACUUGUUAUUUUUGAGAGAGUAUUUAGUACCUUAUAUGAACUGAAGACUGCAUCCUCAAGAGCCAACUUUGCAGUACUCGAAUUUACGUUAUACUGCCCUUCAUUUUUUAAAAAACAAAUGAUAAUUGCUUUUGUAGUUGUUAUAACUAAGAAAUUCUUUAAAAAAUGUGUUUGUAGUUUGUUUUUCACAGGAUUUUGGUAGUAUUUAUGAUAAAAUGGUUUUACAUAAUUAUUAUAAGGGAUAUAUUUGUAGAGCUCUACUUGUGUACCUUGUUGAAUUAUAUUGAAAAUUAAACAUUCUCAGCCCAUACAGUUAAUAUUUGUAUCUAGAGUGCUUAAGAAAAAAAAAACUCGUAUUUUUAGCAUAUAGGAGCCAGUAUUGCUUCUAUUUGUUUUGAAUAAAAGUUUCAUUUUUCUUUGCAUUUUAGAUCCUAUGUGUAAGAAAGAACUUUACAAAAUAAUUAGUAUGCUAGUAAUAUUUGGAAAAGUACCAUGAGUUUGUAUAUACUGUACUUUCUGAGUAGAUUUUUUUCUUUAUUCAUAGCAAAAUUUAUUUCAAAAUUACAACUCUGAGUAUUUAGCUAUAAUAAACAUAACUAUAAAAUUAUGUGGCACUCUUGAAAAUUUAAAGGAUAGUCCAAAGAAAAAGUGAGACAAAUAUUAACAGUAAUUUUUUAUAUUUUCCAAAUAAAUGGAUUUACACCCAAAUACAUAGCCAUUCUCAGUACUAACUAGGAAAUGAUUAUAAUGUCUAUACUCUACAUUUAAUCAUUAUAGCUUAGUAUAAAGUUAACAAGGCAAUGUUUCUGAACAUGCUUUAUCCUUUACCUCUUACUUCAUUUUCCAUGGUAAUACCUCUAGGUUGGUUAGGAUACUGGUUGGUUUGAUGGGAAAACUAGAAUGAUGAUAGUUCAGACUUUUUUGAGCAUUUACUUUGUUUUUGGCAGUACUUAUAAGUCUUAUAUUAUUUACUCACCUAUUUAAUCAUCACAACAACUUUAUGAGGUAAAUACCAAUGGGUGAGGAAAAUGAGGUCAGAAAUAACAGGCAAAAUGUCUGUUACUAGACUUUGUUGCUGGGGGAUGGCUGGACGCCAUACUGCCUGUGCCUGACUACUAUGCUGUGACUUUUAGGAAAAAAACUGACAAAUAUAUGACUAAGAUGUUUUAGAAGAAAAGGAAAGAAUAGACUUAGAAAUGAUAAUAGGCUUCAAUGAAAUGGAUUCUGUGACUCAAGUGGAAAUUGAUUGGCAUUGUACAGGUAUCAUGGAAAACUAUCUUUUGGGUUUGUCUCUAUUCUAGGGUUCAUUUUUGUUAAAGAAUUGUUUUUUGGACCAGUUAAGAGACUACUUAGGGUAAGAUUGUUAAUAAAGCAAGCAUCUUACACAUCUGUGAUCAUUUUCAGGUACUUCCCAAGUUUAGUCUGGGGGCACUAAUCUCUUUUUUUUCUGAUCACAGAGGAUAAGUUACUAUCAAUGAAAAUAAAGAUGACCACUACAACUGCUUGUUUUCUUUCUCCCCAUGAAUAAUACAUGAUUUCUGUAUAGCAGCAGGUAUCUUGCAGCUGCAAAUAGACAGUGGGGGAUUAUGCUGUAUUUUUUUUAGUAUUUAUGCAUACAAGAACUGGGGUAUAGGCGAGAGGUGCGGGGGGUGAGAGGAUUCACCAGAGACAGAGUGGGGAGCAGAACAGGAGGAUCUACUAAAAUAGACUGCUGAGGGGAGAAGCGGGCGCGACAGGAGAGAUCUGCUUAGCCAUGUGGGUUGCUCCCUGGACAGUUGGGGAUCAAACUUGCGCUGCAGUGGCUGGUGGCUGGUGAUAGCUUGAUAGCGUUGUCUUCAACCCCUGUGCCACCAGGGAGGCCUGGAUUAUGUUGUAUUUUAAAUGUUAAUUAACCAAUUUAAGGAUUUUAUAUAUUAUUUGGAUUGUUUACUUAAGAUUCAUCUAUUCUAAAACAUAGUUGUACUACAAAUAAGAAUUUCUUUUUUUAUUCUAACACCAUUCCAAGAGGCAAAAUUAAUCAAAGUUGAAAGGAAACAGUAUUUAGAAACACUUCUAUAAUUCUUCCAAAUUAUACUAAAAUUAAACUUGUUUUCCAAACAGGUUGGUAGGAUAUUUAGGGUACUGGUAGAGAUAAAUAUGUGCUUCAUGGUCUGGUAUAGAUCAUCUUAAAUUGGCAUCACAGAAUCAUAGUUUUAGGUCUAGGCCCUGGUUUCAAAGCAACUCUGUGAUUUGCAAAGUACCAGUGGUCCAGUGAGCCAUUAAAGUUUUUGGGCCAGAACUUAGUUUUAACCUCAAACACCCAUUUACUGCGCAUUCUUGGCAAAUUAGUAUCUGUGAACCUCAGUUUCUUCGCCUGUAAAAUGUGUGUAUUUCUGUCCCAUAGGAUUGUUAGGGUUAAAAAGAUGCCCAAACAAGUACAGGGUAAGCAUUCAAAUAUUAAUUUCUUCUUUUACUUUUCUUAUUAAAUACAUAUUUUAGAGAACAUGUUCAAGUAAUAAAUGAGUACUAUGUAACUUAGCAUCUAAAUUUAGCAUCACCCUUGAUGAAAAUAAGGUAUUUAUGUUUAGGAUCAUAAACAUUGACUUUGGUCUUAAAGGUCAAUUAAGGCCCUUUGGGAAAUUUGUAUUUCAUAUACCUUUAUAAAAGCAAAUUUAGUGUAAAGAUAAUUCAGUCAAAAGUCUUUUAGGACUAUGGCAUUUCUUGAUAGAAGUGUUAUUAGAUAUUCCAAGUUGAUUCAACUUCUCUUAAAACAGUAAUAAUGACAAAUAUCAUUUCAUUCAUUUAAUGGAAUUGUGAAGAAUACAUUGACUAUUAUACCACAUCACUAAACCCUUCCCACACAACCCCGUGAUGGUAUGAUCUUUUCAUUCUAUUUGGAGCAAAGAGUUGUAUGCUUAGUCUUUCUUGAAUCUUAUAUUCUAGGAAUAAACCAUAACUCUGAACUAAAGAAAUACCAGCUUGAGGCAAACAAAUGCUCAGUGGGGCUGUGGUUACUAUUUCUUAACAGUAGUAUGUGAUUUUAAGUAUAUAUUUGGUUCACACAAAGCACCAUAUUCAACCUAUAUUUGUUUAUAAACUAGUAAGUAAAUUACAAAUCAAAAUCAGAAACACCUUACUGUGUGCUAGGUUUCAAGUUCUUUCAGCAUGCUGAUAGAAAAUUGAAAGGAUCUGUUUCUCAGAUGAGAGAACACCUACUCAUAAUCCUGACUUUGUCAUAGAAAUUUAUUCCAUAUUCGUUACUGUUUGAACCUAUCUAUGUUAGAGUUUGUGUAGAAUAGGUAGUUCCUCAAAAAAAGUGUAAUGGAAAUGAGAAAAUUACUUCUGUAGUCUAGGAGUGUAAUUUUGUUAACUAAAUGCCUAUGUACUAUAUGUAUUUUAGAAAUGGCUUCACAGAGGUAGACUGAGAGAAACCAGAAUUCUUUUCUGUGACCACCAAUUUUCUAGAGAGAGAAAUACAUUCUAGUUUCCUUAAUUUACUCCUAAUAGUAUAUGCCUAAAAUGCUAUUAAGUUGACUGUAAUUUAAAAUCUCAAUUAUAAAAGUCUUGUUAAAAUCUAAGUCUUUUUGGAGGCAAGUUAGAAAACAUUUCUAUUAUAUUUGUAAGGUAGUAUCUGCUUUGUAAUAAUUACAUCUUGAGAAAAAGUACUCUGUGGACGACCUUUUCAAAAUAACUAGUCAAACUUCUGUACAAUCUUAUAUUGUAAGAAUUCUUCUGUACAAUUCUUAUUUUUAAAAAUAAGAAUGAAUGUUAUUUAAAAUUUUGACACUGAAAUAUUUAUAUAAUUUCUCAAGAACUUUAGGGAAAAGUGGUAAACCUUAAAUUUUGGGCCUUAAAAUGUUAAAUACAGCUGAUUACAAGGCACUCAUGAUCUGUUGUUAUGCUAUUCAUUGCAAUUUUUAAUGUAUAUAAAUGCCAUUUUUGUUAUUAAUACUUUAUAAUUCUAUAAUUCCCUAUUCUUACCAUAUAAUUAACUAAAUGGGGUUUUAAAAAACACUUAAAAACAUGAAGACUUUUUUUAAAUUAAAGAUUGAUUUAUUUUGGGGCCUCCCUGUGGCGCAAGGGGUUAAGCACAGCACUAUGAAGCAAUCCACAGCCUCUGCAGCAUGAGUUUGAUCCCAGGCCAGGGAGCUGCCCACAUGGCGCAGCAGACCUCUCCUGUCUCACCCGCUGCUCCCCUCAGCAGUGUAUUUGGGCCAAUCUGCUUGUUCUGUUCCCCGCUCUGUCUCUGGUGAAUCCUCUUAACCCUCCCACGCAUCUAGCCUGUACCCUGGUUCUGGUAUGCGUGAAUAAAUCUUUAAAAAGAAUAAAUAAAAUUUUAAAUUAACAUUCAUAAACAGAGCUCUCUAUUAUCUAAGAAGCAAUCAGAAGAUCUUGGUUGAAUAUCUCAUAUGCAUAAUUGUUUUAGUUUUGAAAUUCAGGAUCUGGUGUCCAGUGUCAGGAACGUAAACACAGAAAAAGACAACUGAAAAAAAGAAAACAUGGUUAAGGAAACUAAACACAAUGCACAGAGGCUACGAUUCUUGGAAAGCUGAUAAAAAAUGAGCAAUCCAAUAUUUGAUAUUAAUCCUUUCGUUCUAAAAUUUGAGAGUUAUAAAUGCCUGAUGAUUUGAAGAGUAGAGGUAAUUUUAUUUAGCUUUGGAAGGGACUAUGGAGAGACCUUAGUCAAUAGCAAGAAGAUCUCUGAAAUUGUAGAUUUAUCCAAUGUGUUGCUAAGAAAAACCAAGUCAUGUAUGAUUCCAUGAUGCCAAGUAAAGUAUAGUAAUAAAAUAGUUUUGUUUAAAGUACUCUCUGUUGGAAAGCAAUUGAGUUCAAUUUAAAUAUUUGCAUAUUCGGAAAUAAUCAAAAGUCAUCAAAUGUCUUGUAAUUGUUAUCACCUCUCAAAGAUUAUAUACUACUAAGAGCACAUUUGUAAUUUGGUUCUGACAACUAGUCACGCUGAUCUCUAGAAUAAAAAAUCUGUAAUAAUUUAGGCAUAGCUA